AUGUUUAAAAUGGAUUACGCUUACCUCAAUUCUUACGACUCCUGCAUGGCUGCGAUGGAAGCCUCGGCGUACGCCGAUUUCAGCCCGUGUAGCCAGAGCAACAAUUUCCAAUAUAACCACAUUAGGUCCAGUUUUGGAACCGGCCCCGUCUGCCCCAGCCUCGCCUCGGCAAACUGCAGUUUGGGACCGCUGCGAGAUCACCAGAGCUCACCGUACACCACAGUUCCCUACAAGUUCUUUACGGACCACGGAGGGAUAAAUGAGAAGCGGAAACAGCGGAGGAUCCGGACUACGUUCACCAGCUCCCAGCUGAAGGAGCUGGAGCGAGUCUUCGCCGAGACUCACUACCCUGACAUCUACACCCGGGAGGAGCUGGCGCUGAAGAUCGAUCUCACCGAGGCCCGUGUCCAGGUAUGGUUCCAGAACCGACGAGCCAAGUUCCGGAAGCAGGAGCGAGCGGCCAACUCCAAAGGGAACGGGAGUAACGGGGGCGGAAAGAAGGGCGACCUGCUCUCUGAGGAGGACGAGUCCAAAGACGCCAAGUGUACCGACCCGGACAGCACCGCCAACCCAGCUUGUCCCGCUUCCUCCUCUGCCCCCACCUCUGCCCCCUCUGGCCCUGUCUCCAGUACUAGUCCCCACCCCCUCAACAUGCCCAGUCCCAACAGCUCCCACACCAUGAAGUCUCCCGCAUGGGCUGGAUCUGAGCUCCUGAAGUCCCAGGCCUGGCAGCCCAGUGACAACAUGGCCGGGCCCUUCGCUGGCGUCCUCUCCACUCUACACAGGAAGGCCAAUGUGCUCAAACCGAACCUCUUCUAGAGAGGUGAAGGAGACGGGAGGGGAGGGAGAGGGAGAGGGAGAGUCGGAGAGAUGGCAAAUAAGGAUAGCAAGAUAGAGAGAGAGAGAGAGUUGGGUGGAAGAUAGAGAUGGUGCGAGGGAAAGAGGUAUAGGAGGGAGAGUAGUCAGUAGCAGAUUGAUGGGACCCAUCUUUCUGCUCCCUGAAGGUUACUUCACAAGGCCUUGUGAUGUGUUUAGUAACUUAUUAUCAGAGAUGAAUUAUGUCGAUGUUAAAAUCCCAUAGUGGGCCAAUGAAGAGACUGCAAGUCUGCGGAUGAUGUUUCGCGGGUUAAAUGUUCCCUAUCUCUGGAAAAGGUCGCCAAUUACAAAGCAAUGAUGUUGUUUAUCAGAAUGAUGGGGAGAUCUGCAUACUGACUGGUAUCUCAGUCCCUCUCUCUCGGGGAGAUCUGUACACUGACCGGUGUCUCUCAGUCCCUCUCUCUCGGGGGGUGAUCUGUACACUGACCGGUGUCUCUCAGUCCCUCUCUCUCGGGGAGAUCUUCACACUGACCGGUGUCUCUCAGUCCCUCUCUCUCGGGGGGAGAUCUGUACACUGACCGGUGUCUCUCAGUCCCUCUCUCUCGGGGAGAUCUUCACACUGACCGGUGUCUCUCAGUCCCUCUCUCUCGGGGGGAGAUCUGUACACUGACCGGUGUCUCUCAGUCCCUCUCUCUCCUGGGGUGAUCUGUACACUGAUCAGUGUCUCUCAGUCCCUCUCCCUCCUGGGGAGAUCUGUACACACUGACCAGUCUCCCUCAGACCCUCUCUCUCAAGGGGAAAUCUGUACACUGAGUAGUGUCCCUCAGUCCCUUUUUCUCAGGGGGAGAUUUGCACACUGACAGAUGUCUCUGUCCCUCACUCUCAAGGGGAGAUUUUUACGCUGACCAGUCUCCCUCAGACCCUCUCUCUCAAGGUCUGUACACUGUGCAGUGUCCCUCAAUCCCUUUUUCUCAAGGGGAGAUUUGUACACUGACCAGUGUCUCUCUGUCCCUCUCUUUUGGGGAGAUCCAUACAUUAACCAGUCUCCCUCAGUGCCUCUCUCUCAGGGAGAUCUGCACACUCACCAGUGUCUCUCAGUCCCUCUCUCUCAGAGAGAUCUGUACACCUACCAGUGUCCCUCAGUCCGUCUCUCUUGGGGAGAUCCAUACGCUAACCAGUGUCCCUCUGUCAGUCUCUGUCGGGGAGAUCCAUACGCUAACCAGUGUCUCUCAGUCCCUCUCUCUCGGGGAGAUCUGUACACUGUCUGGUGUCUCUCAGUCCCUCUCUCAGAGCUGGUAUCUGUGUUCUGACUGAAGUUCACUACUUAGAGGGUGAGUGACUGGGUAUUAAGGAUACUGGAACACACACCUUACAUGAUUGUGUUUAGGUAACUGUUCUUGUUAGGAUCAUUUCUUUCAUCUUCCCAUUCCAGAACAACGUUAGUUAAAUAUCGUCUACAUAUGUGAGAUAUGUCAAAGGUGGUAGGCCUGUUAACUUCAUCGCCUGAGCACCUGUAUUUGUGAUUUUAACAGUUAACGUCCUUCUAACUUCCAAAGACUUGGUAAAGCUUGUAACCAAAUUAUUUAUUUUUAAUGUUUACGGUUAAUCUCUUGAGUGGUGAAGCUUCUUUGUCACGUAUCGCGAGUUUGGUAGGUCCAUUCCAAUAUAGGGUUGGUUGCUAUGGGAACCUGCUCUGCUGUUGGCUGAGUUCUGGGAGUAUGAUCCAUAAAGUUCCUAUGCUGUACAGUCUAGUGGUGACACUCAGGCCCAUUUCUGUGAUAAACUAACUCAUCCAGGGACCAACUAAUGUGUUCAACUUUCAAAUAUUUUGUUGGCAAGUUUCUUGGUUCUCCAAAUGGAGCUUAGGUACUGUAGUAUGACCAAAACAAGAUUCAAUAAGAGGUACUUAAUUACCUGAGAGGUAUCUGACUGGCAUAUCUCAAUCCCUCUCUCUCGGGGAAGAUUGUACACUGCCCAGUCCCUCUCUCUGAGGGUAACUGACUGGUGUCACACAGUCCCUUUAUCUCAGGAUGUGAUUUGUACACUGACCAGUGUCUCCCAGUCCCUGUCUCUCAGAGAGAUCUGUACACUGACCAGUGUCUCCCAGUCCCUGUCUCUCAGAGAGAUCUGUACACUGACCAGUGUCUCCCAGUCCCUGUCUCUCAGAGAGAUCUGUACACUGACCAGUGUCUCCCAGUCCCUGUCUCAGAGAGAUCUGUACACUGACCAGUGUCUCCCAGUCCCUGUCUCUCAGAGAGAUCUGUACACUGACCAGUGUCUCCCAGUCCCUGUCUCUCAGAGAGAUCUGUACACUGACCAGUGUCUCCCAGUCCCUGUCUCUCAGAGAGAUCUGUACACUGACCAGCGUCGCUCAGUCCCUGUCUCUCAGAGAGAUCUGUACACUGACCAGUGUCUCCCAGUCCCUGUCUCUCAGGAUGUGAUUUGUACACUGACCAGUGUCUCCCAGUCCCUGUCUCUCAGAGAGAUCUGUACACUGACCAGCGUCGCUCAGUCCCUCUUUUUGAGGGGUUGUCUGAACAUUGACCAGUCUUAAUAGUCACGAUCUGCCAAUUUAAAUACAGCUUUCCCCAAGUAGUUGGUGCUUGCAAUAUUAACAAAUACUCUCAGGUAUUCAGCCUGCCGAGCUUUCAGUUUUGGUCUACAUCUUUACUAAAAUGUCCUUCAACCAAGAAAGAAAGCAGCUUAGUGAGAUCUGUCCGCUCCUCAAUCUCCCUCCAGCUGAGGAACAGGUGGAGGCUAUUUGGCCCUCCAGCAGAGUGGCUGAUUGUGCUAGCCCAUGAGGCACUCAAGAGGUUAGUUUCACCAGACAGAGUGAUGCUUAUCAUAUAAAGUAGUUGUAUAAAACAGCCUUGUGAAUAUGAAGCAAUGUGUCAAAACUUGUGAAUGAAUUUGUGAACCACCACGAUAUAAUUCAAUUGUGCACAGCUGUUCAGAGUUUGAAAUAAAUUAAC